AUGAUACCUGCCAUCGAAACAAACCUUCUUAGAAAAACAUUGAUCAGUGAUUCAUCUUCAACGGACGUUUUUCCAGCAGGAAUCAAAGAUACUUCAGUCGAAUCUUCACAAUUAGAUUUCUUCAAGUUUUCCAUCAAAUACAACUAUGAUACCGAAAUUCUAGUGAUCGAAGAGGAAAUUAUAUUUUUACCUCAAAUAGCAUCUUACAGAUCCUCUACAAAAUUAAUCGACACAAAAGCUGGUUUAAAUGAUCUAACACGUAGGAGCGCAUACUCAUUGCAAAACAUUAACACACAGUUCACCAAUCCGGACGACUCAUUUUUCACAAAAUGUAGUUGUAAAUUGGGUCAAGCUUCUUCCUCAUGCAUCAUAAAAGCUUCAAGUACAUGCAUCGAAAAAUUUUGA